UUACUUUGAUUGCGUGAAAUUUACAACCAUGAAAAUAUAAAUAUUUAGUCUUCAGUAAUUUUUUUUCUUUAAUGUCUGAACUAUCAGAUUUUGAAAGUGUUAUUUCAGACGUGAUUAUUUCGCCUUGUAGUUUUGAUAGUUUUGAUGAUGAUAUUAAUUUAACUAAUCCUAAUAAUUUGAAAUCAUCAAAAUAUUUUAUAAACAUGAAUGACAACAAUUCUACCUGUGAUCCUUUUUUGCAUGAUGUAUCUCUUACAGACAGUGAUCACAGUAUGCUGGAAAUACCAAAACUAUUAAAUGCUUCUUCUCCUUCUAGUGUCUGCUCAACAAGACCACUGGAAUGGGAUAGCGGAGCUGAUGUUGGAUAUGAUAUUACUCCAAAACUACAAAAUCAAGAUAUGAGUACUAUAGAAAGGAUUGCUGUGAAUAGCCUUAUGUAUAAUGCUAAUUCGACUUCAAUUGAAUGUGGAGAAAAAAGGAGCAUGAUAACAAAAAGUAAUUCACUGACUAAUUUAAAUGAAUUAGUAAUACCUAAAAACCAAAAAUCAGCAUCAUUUGAAGCAUUAAAAUGCACUUCUAUUAAAAGUGACACUUUACCAAAGUGCCGUUCACCAAUGGCUUCUUCAUUGUCAGUAUCAACAGUUGUACAUAAAUUAAAAUCUUUGAAUACUAAUUGUAUUCAACAGUUAAAUAAUAGACAUAUUAAUUUGAUUUUUGAACAGCAAGAGAAAAGAUAUGAAGAAUCAAAAAUUAGUUCUAGCAAUGAACAAAAAUCAUCGGAGAGUAGUAAAGAAUCGAAUAGUACCUUGGGUAGUGCUGAUACUGCUGGAUCAUGGGUUGCAAAAGAAUUUCAUGAUUCUACUAUUAAUACUAAUACAGACAGAGUAAAUAGCUUUGAAUAUUUGCCAGGUAACACUUAUUAUAAUGGUAGAGAUGAUGAACAAGAAUACUCAGAUAAAGAGAUUAAACAAAGCACUAAAAUGUUGGUAGAGGCCAUGAAAAAAAAUGGCUUAACUAAUGAACUUCAAAGAAAAGAAAUAUUUAAAGAAAUUGUUGAAAGUUUUUUAAAAAUGUAUGUUAAAAACAAUAAAUGUUCAUCUACAAAAAGUUCUACGGAUAAUAAUCAAUCUCCGAUAAGACAAGAUAUUACUUCUCAAACAUCAAAUACUGCUAAUACAAUUGUCAAUAAUCCAACAAAUAACCAAUCUAGUACAAUAACCUUUACAUCACCAGUAACUUCAUCACGAUAUGGUGAUGAUGUUGAUUCUAAGUAUGAUGAAUCAUCUAUGGAUUCUGGACGGCAUAUAGAUUUAAAAAAAUGCAAAUUAAAAAAAAUAUGUACUCCAAUAAAUUCUAAAAAAAAUCAAGGUGUACAGUGUUCAAUUCAAAAUAGCUCAACAAAUAUCAGUUCAAAUGAAUACUCAAAACAUUCUUUAUCAAAUAAAUCAAAUGUAUCAAGGAAAAAUGAAAAAAAUGAUAAAAAAAAUUCUGAAGAUAUCAAUAAGGAAUUCAAGAAACAAAUGAUUUGGUUUCAUACAAAUUAUAUGAAAACAGAAAGAGAAAAUCAAUUGCUUUGGAUUAACAAUCAAAUAUCACACUUAAAUAAUUUAAAAAGAUUAUUUAUUACUCAUGAAGAAUUAAAAAAAAAUUGGAAUUCAUAUAAACAGAAACAAACAACAACAAAUAAAUCUAAGUUCAGGAGUAAUCCAGUAUCGAAUUCAAGUUCAGAUUUUACCACAACAACCAAAUCAGAUUCAACUAUUUCUUCCAAGCCAUUUUCAAUUUCCUCUAGAUGUGAUGAUACUGAUGUCGAAUCUUCAACAACUGUUUGUGAUCAUGUUCAUUAUAAAAAAGGCAUUCCAGUUAAUAAGCCAAAUUCUCUGAAAAAAUGUUGCUUAAAAACUCUCAAUUUUAUUGAUGAAAAACCAAAACAAAGUAUUAAUAAAAUAAAAACAACUUGGUGUACAGCAAAAACGAAGAAUGAAAUAAAUUGUGAAAAUGAUAAAAAGAGUUGGUCUCAAAAAAGUGGUGCAACUUAUACAAUUGAUCAUGAAUCAAAACUAGUUAAUAGUUCUAAAAGUUCUAUAAGUUAUGAAAUAGUAUUUAAGCCCACCCCAAGAUGUUCAAAGAAAACAGACUCUGUAAAAUAUAAACCAAAACAACAAAAACAUUCGAUAUCAGUAGCUUGUCAAACUAAUGAAGUCCUAUUGGAGCCUAAAGCAAGUUUACAGGAUUAUUUAAUGAUAAAUCGCCCAGAUUAUGUUAAUCGUGCAAAAGAAAGACAAAACAUCUUAUCUAGCAUAGCAAAUUUAAGAGAAAAACGCAAACAAUUAAAAAGAGAUAUGUUAGCAACAAAUAUUUUUGAGAUUAAUGUUCCACCUAAUCCAUUGGCUGUUAAACGAAUAAUGAGUCAAAAAGAAAUGAGAAAGCAGACUGAACGUAAAUAUCGCAAAUGUCCUGAAGUUAAAAAUAAAAAAGUAGAAAUUAAACGAAAAGAAGAUUAUAAAACAAAUAAAAUUAUGGCAAACAUAUUUAAUAAGAGACUCCAAAAAAAAACAUUGAAAGGGAAAGUAGACUUAUCCAAUAGUGUAAGUGUUUGCAGUUUGUAGGAAUAAAUAAAAAUAAAAUACUUUUUAGUUUUUUCAUGAGUACAUUUUAGUACAUUUUAUUUACACACUUGGUACUUAUAAUAUCAAGUGUUUUCUUAAAAUUGAUUAUUAAAAUAAUAUAAUAAAAUAUUUAAAACUCGUUUUUUUUUUAA